GUUCAUUCAUGAUUGGUACUCGGCCCCCUGAGAUCCAGCCCGAGUGCGGGGCGGAGCGGCCGGGUGGCAGCAGGGGCGGGCGGGCGGAGCGCAGCUCCCGCACCGCACGCGGCGCGGGCUCGGCAGCCUCGGCCGUGCGGGCACGCCGGCCCCGUGUCCAACAUCAAGCAGGCUUUGGGGCUCGGGGCUCGGCCCUCGGAGAAGCCAGUGGCCCGGCUGGGUGCCCGCACCGGGGGGCGCCUGUGAAGGCUCCCGCGAGCCGCUGGCCCUGGGAGUCAGUGCAUGUGCCUGGCUGGAGAAGGCAGCAGCCACAAGCUCCAGGCGCCCCGGCCCCACGUUUUCUGAAUACCAAGCUGCAGGCGAGCUGCCCGGGGCUUUUUUUGCUUUCUCGCUUUUCCUCUCCUCCAAUUCAAAGUGGGCAAUCCACACCGAUUUCUUUUCAGGGGAGGGAAGAGACAGGGCCUGGGGUCCCAAGUCGCACACAAGUCUUCGCUGCCAUGGGGGCCGUCAUGGGCACCUUCUCCUCCCUGCAGACCAAACAAAGGCGACCCUCUAAAGAGCAACACAGGGGACAGAUUGUGAAGCAGACUGAGUGGGCAGGGGAGUGGGGCUCAAGGCCCAGGACCACCUGCAGUGUGACCCAGCCCAAACCCAAAGUCCUAGUUCCCAAUGGCAGCACUCUCUGAACAGCUCAGACUGGUCCGACAGGGACCAAGGAGGUCACGUUCUGACACCAUCCCCUCUGCUUCCAGACAAGAUUGAGGAUGAGCUAGAGAUGACCAUGGUUUGCCACCGGCCUGAGGGACUGGAGCAGCUUGAGGCACAGACGAACUUCACCAAGAAAGAACUGCAAGUCUUAUACCGGGGAUUCAAAAACGAGUGCCCUAGUGGUGUAGUCAAUGAAGAAACAUUCAAGCAGAUCUACGCUCAGUUUUUCCCUCACGGAGAUGCCAGCACGUAUGCACAUUACCUCUUCAAUGCCUUCGACACCACCCAGACAGGCUCUGUAAAGUUCGAGGACUUUGUGACUGCUCUGUCGAUUUUACUGAGAGGGACAGUCCAUGAAAAACUAAGGUGGACGUUUAAUUUGUAUGACAUCAAUAAAGACGGCUAUAUAAACAAAGAGGAGAUGAUGGACAUAGUCAAAGCCAUUUACGACAUGAUGGGGAAAUACACCUAUCCUGUGCUCAAAGAGGACACUCCCAGGCAGCACGUGGAUGUCUUCUUCCAGAAAAUGGAUAAAAAUAAAGAUGGCAUUGUAACGUUAGAUGAAUUUCUUGAAUCCUGUCAGGAGGAUGACAACAUCAUGAGAUCUCUACAGCUGUUCCAAAAUGUCAUGUAACUGAGGACACUGGCCAUUCUGCUCUCAGAGACACUGACAAACACCUUAAUGCCCUGAUCUGCCCUUGUUCCAAUUUUACACACCAACUCUUGGGACAGAAAUACCUUUUACACUUUGGAAGAAUUCUCUGCUGAAGACUUUCUACAAAACCUGGCACCACGUGGCUCUGUCUCUGAGGGACGAGCGGAGAUCCGAGUUUGUUUUGGAAGCAUGCCCAUCUCUUCAUGCUGCUGCCCUGUGGAAGGCCCCUCUGCUUGAGCUUAAUCAAUAGUGCACAGUUUUAUGCUUACACAUAUCCCCAACUCACUGCCUCCAAGUCAGGCAGACUCUGAUGAAUCUGAGCCAAAUGUGCACCAUCCUCCGAUGGCCUCCCAAGCCAAUGUGCCUGCUUCUCUUCCUCUGGUGGGAAGAAAGAGUGUUCUACGGAACAAUUAGAGCUUACCAUGAAAAUAUUGGGAGAGGCAGCACCUAACACAUGUAGAAUAGGACUGAAUUAUUAAGCAUGGUGAUAUCAGAUGAUGCAAAUUGCCCAUGUCAUUUUUUUUUUCCAGAGGUAGGGACAAAUGAUUCUCCCACACUAGCACCUAUGGUCAUAGAGCAAGUCUCUUAACAUGCCCAGAAGGGGAACCACUGUCCAGUGGCCUAUCCCUCCUCUCCAUCCCCUGCUCAAGCCCAGCACUGCAUGUCCCUCCCAGAAGGUCCAGAAUGCCUGCGAAACGCUGUACUUUUAUACCCUGUUCUAAUCAAUAAACAGAACUAUUUCGUACACUCUCAAUUACUUCUUCUAUGACUCCAUGGCUCAGAAGAGGCAAGUUGUGACAAAGGCCACCCAUUUGGCCUCCGGUUACUAGUACUUUCUUGGGGCCACGUGCCUUCACCCUUAAGCCAUCUUCAUUAGCAUGCAAUUCAAAUACUGUGGCCAUGUGCAAAUAGUACUUCCAGACAACACCUCUUUUCUAAUAGGAUUGCUCCUCCCAAGACUCCAAUAUAAAAAAAUACCAGAGCCUCAUAUGGCACAACUAGAGCUGAAAAGGACCAGUCCUCUCUGCUGAUGAUGUAGAGUCUAAAGAUUGAUCAAGUAGUUCCAUCUUAUAACCAUAAAAUGAUUACUUGGGUCCAAUGUCAUGUAUCUUAGUUUUCCGUAUGUUAUCACAUUAAAUAUUUCCUUACACAUUAAAAGAUGCUCUAACAAGAGCUUCCUUGAAAA